AUGGAUAUUUCUGCAGAUCAAGAAAAACUAAAAGAUGAUGAUGUGGCUUAUUUACUUGGAAAACGCGUAGUAGGAUUGUUACUUCCUAUCUUGGUAACUAUGUUAUUUGUUUCAUGGAGUGUCCUUAAUUUGUCUGGUUUGUACGCUGGACAGCAUCAGUCUCCUCUCUUUGUUGUUAUGAAUGAGGACAAUCAGAAGAGUGUUGGUGAAAAAAUUGGGUCUUCUGUGUUAAAUGCCUUUAUAUUUGUAGGCUGUAUUACACUUAUUACAUUUCUUAUUGUGAUACUUUACAAGUGUCACUGUAAAUUUAUCUUAUUUGCCUGGAUGCUUUUAUCCGUUACUUUUGUCCUUUUUGCCAUGUUGUGGGUUUGGCUCGAUCUCAUCUGUACUCGAUUUCAAAUACCGUAUGAUAUUAUUACAGUUGUAUUUCUUCUUUGGAAUGUUGUCGUUGUUGGAGUCAUUUCAAUUUUUUAUUAUUCACACCUAGUUCUCGCCCAGGUGUAUUUUGUGGUAUCAUCCAUUGUGAUGGCAUGGCUGUUGACUUUUAUUCCAGAGUGGACUACAUGGUCAUUACUGGUAUGUAUCUCCAUUUAUGAUGUGCUUGCUGUUUUGUGUCCAUAUGGACCACUUCGAUUACUUAUAAAUACCUCCAUUAGUAGAAAUGAACCAAUUCCGGCUUUGGUGUAUUCUACUUCAGAUGAGGCGGAAUUGGCACGUGCCAAGAAGAAUAGGAGAGAACUAGAAGAAGAGGAAGAAAUGUGUACAAAUGAUGAUGCUCAUGCAGGGAAAAAGAAUAAUUCUAACGCACAAAGAUCUGCCAAAAUUUCUCCUGCAUCUCGUUUUUAUAACUCACUGAUGGGUUUACCAUUUAAAUUAGGAUUGGGUGAUAUUGUUUUUUUUAGUCUUUUGACUGGAAAAACAAUUCCUUACGCAUUUAUGCCAUGGGUGAUGUCUAUUGUAGCUGUUCUCAUAGGUCUCAUUGGUACACUUGUUAAUUUACUGUUGUUUAAGAGUGAAAAUCGAGCACUUCCAGCUUUACCAAUUUCAGUAUUCUGCGGUGUGGUUGUAGUCUUCCUUUCAUAUUUCCUUAUUAUCCCAUUGGACUGGUUUGCCACUACAUCAAUGCUAGCACUUUGA